AUCGAAUAAUAAUCUAUUUUAUUUUUCUACAGAGUUUAUUCGUAUUCAAGUCCGAAUAUUAUUUUGCAAUGGCAGCCUCUGAGGCGACAUGUUUAUGACUGCCGACCGUACCUACUUAAGUAUCACAAUAACGUUUUUUAUUUGGCUCCUUGUACUGACGUUCAGAUGACAUUUCUCUCCAGUUCAUUCCUACACACGUCGUCUGUUUCCUUCGAUUCUUGUGUUUCCUUUUUUCCCUUCUCGUAAAUUUGAUAAUUAUUCCUUCUCUCCUAGUACUGCUCACACCAAAGAUAUAUAAGGACUCAAAACUUUGUUCCGCAUCUUUGUUAUACUCAGUGCCUAAUGGUUCGAUGCCUCGCAGUUCAUGUCAAUGACACUACCUCUUAAGAUUUACACGCAGAACGCGAAGUCUCGUUGCAACACUGGAUAAUACUUACGCCUGGCUUGUGACCUUGCCCUUUGUCUAGUUAUCUGUUCGACGCUUCGACUAGUCGACUCGAAUAGCUUCCAUUAGUUACUAGUUGUUACUGUGAUAAGUCUCAUAGCUAGUCUAGUUAGAACGUGUCUUUACGUGUUCAGUGCCUUAAUCUAGGGGGGGUUGCUAUUGUUUUAUCUAGAGAAAUAAGUCGAUUGAUCGACUCGCUAUCGUCCAUUAUGCCUACUACUCAAGUGCAGACUCCGAUCACUCUCAUGGCGUAUUCAAUCGUGGAUUCGUCACGAGUCUCCACCUUCCUCAUAUCAAUCCUCCUCAUCGUCUAUGGCAGCUUCAGAUCACUCAACAUGGAACAGGAGGCGAGGGAGAGAGAGAAGGAGAAGGAGAGACAUAAGCUGCUAGGUCUUCCUACGCCUGCAGCUCAGGAAAACAGCUUCUUUACAGACGUGCAGACGCUGGACAGUCUGCAGGCGAUGUGUCUGCCUCUGGGUGCCUCCGUGUCGCUCCUCGUCAUGUUCUUCUUCUUCGACUCCAUGCAGAUGCUUUUUGCCGUCUGUACCGCCAUUAUCGCUACCGUGGCGCUGGCGUUUCUGCUGCUCCCGAUGUGCCAAUACAUCAUCAGGCCGUGCACGGACAACAAAAAGAUAUCAUUCGGCAUGUGUGGACGCUUCACGGGCGCUGAGAUUUUAUCCUUCUGCCUGUCAGUGACCAUCGUCUGCGUGUGGGUUCUCACGGGACAUUGGCUGCUCAUGGACGCGAUGGGCAUGGGUCUGUGCGUGGCGUUCAUCGCGUUCGUGCGGCUGCCGAGCCUGAAGGUCUCGACGCUGCUGCUGAUGGGGCUGCUCGUGUACGACGUCUUCUGGGUCUUCUUCUCCUCCUAUAUAUUCAACGCUAACGUUAUGGUCAAGGUGGCCACGAGGCCCGCAGAGAAUCCCGUUGGUGUGAUGGCACGCAAGCUGCACUUGGGCAGCAUGGCCCGCGAUGUGCCCAAGCUUUCGUUGCCCGGCAAACUCGUCUUCCCUUCCAUGCAGCACAGCGGACACUUCAGCAUGUUGGGUCUCGGUGACGUGGUGAUGCCGGGUUUGCUGCUGUGCUUCGUACUUCGCUACGACGCCUACAAGAAAGCUCAGCUGCUCUCUACCGAGGCCGGCGUCCCUGUGCCGCCAUCACACAUGAACAGAAUCAGCUAUUUUCACUGCUCGUUGAUCGGGUACUUCUUGGGCCUUCUGACGGCGACGGUGUCAAGCGAGGUGUUCAAGGCUGCCCAGCCUGCGCUGCUCUACCUCGUGCCCUUCACGCUCCUGCCGCUCCUCACCAUGGCCUACCUCAAGGGUGACUUGAGAAGAAUGUGGAGCGAACCUUUCAUCAACACGAGCCCGAGUAAACACCAAGACGUGUGACCUUGCGCUGGACCUCUUCUGCAGCCCCUCAUCCCUUUCAUCGUGUUAAUUAUAAUCUAUGUAAACGAAUUAUUAUCUACGCCUCAAAGGAUGAUUUUCUUCGUCGUUUAUCAUGUGACACGCCACUCCAGUUCGUGUAUUUCAGUGUUACUUGUGUGGAGUUAAUGUGUUGAAAACAGGUUCUGUUUUCAUACUGAAGUGAAAAGAAGAUUAUGUACAGUACUAAACUAACGCCAUGACCUCAUGAGUUUGGAAAUGAAUGAGUGUGUCUUUAUGAUCGAACGUUCGUGUGCGUACAAGACAUUCGACACCUCGGGAUGUGAUGUGAAAAUUUCUUACAGCGAUUCGCAUCACAAGGCUCGCAAUUUCUAUCAUUGACGAAGAAUUAAUGUAUAGAUAGUAAACUGAAUUUAUGUCUCUGAAUCUACCCAUCUGUGUAACGUGCAGUGUGAUGUUUGGCGUUGAGAUGCUAGCCAAUUAUGUACAGUAGCAGCUCUGAACGGAACUUAAUAAUGAGAUAGGAGCUGAAACUUAGUCCCUUGAUUUUUUAAGUGUUACCUACAGUGAAGUUCUGCAUUGAAAUUUCCGACUCGAAAACAAAUAAUUUAAGAUAAUGUACGUUUCAUGUAUUUUUUUCUUUAUUUUGAAUGUCCAAUAUUAGUUUGGAUGUUCAAUUGGUAGGUCUAAUUGUUUGGAAGAUACAGGUAAUGUUUAGAAACAUCAAUGCUCUUCGAAAAGUUAGCUGGAUUUAGAUGUAAAAUUGCUGCUGGUGAACUCAGAUGCUGAAGAAAUGAAAUAUCCUGGUGGUUAUUUUUAGGCUUUCCAACCGAAUGCGAUAUUAAUGUUGCUCAUUUAAUAACUUCUCUGGAAGUUUUAUUUGGCCCUUUCCUCUCUGCCUCCAAUAAUUUCUUAUGUCACAAAAUCAAUAGAAUUACCGCAAGAUGGUCGCUUGCUGUAUUUAUGUUCUCCAUUUUUGUUUUGUUUAUCAAUGAUAUUUUCUACCAAAGAAAUGCCCAGCUGCUGUAAAGUUUACUUUGUUCAUGAACACGUCACGUUGAUAUUAUUUCUCGUCUGAGUUCUUUUCAUCUUGUAAAAAAUGAAGAAUAACAGGCUUAUAAUACAUAGAAUACGAGAGAAGGUGGCAAUCUAGUCUAGAUCUUUAGUUUGAGGUUUAUAACUCACGAAUAUCUCCCAUAUUGCGAUGUUUGCAUCAUGUAAGAACUUUCCCUGCGUAAAAUAGCACUGAUAUAAAAGCUUGCUAGUAAUUAAAUUUUUUCUGUUCGAAGCUCUAAAUGUACAAGAUGCCAAAACACAUUUAUAAAGUCUUGAUUAUCCCAUAGCUUUCUAAGCUGGGUGUCACACCGAUUCUUUCGGGAUUUUCUUAUUGUUUUUUUCUUUGUAUAGCAAAGCAUGUGUUCCUUCUUAUUUAGAUGUUCGGCCGAUGAAUCAGUGCACCCCUAAAUUGUGGAGCUUCCUCAGUGUUUUACCAAGCUGUCGACGGCCUUGCGCUUGCAGCUCACUAACUUUAUUACUACAAGGAGAAGAUCUCACCUCGACUGCGAAUGAAAGUGUUGUUUGUUUAAAACAGCGUAUCAUUCGUCACUGGAUUAUAUCCUGAUUAUUGAUGAAGAUUUUUUUACGACUGCUGGUAACGUUAAUGUAGCCCGAAAAAAAGUCAUUGUUUUGUUAUAAUUUGCAUUUUAUUGUCAUUACUCUGUGUUGUGCAAGUCGGGGCUUAUCAUUCAUUCAUCGUUCGCUCGAAGUGGCCUUGAAAUGCGUCUCAUCAACUUUAUCUUCCACCACUGAAAAAGCUCAGCAGUAUUUAAUUUUUUGUUAUUACCGUCCAUUAUUGAACCCAUAACGUUACUGGCGUCUAUUAUUCAACACAUAAUGUUGCCAGCUUUCAUUAUUCAACACAUAAUGUUGCUAACGUUCAUUAUUUAAUACGUGAUUUUGCUAGCAUAUCGUAAUGGUCAGGAGUUGUUCGUUUUUGACUUGCUCAUACUGUUUCAACGAAUUCUCUGUCAUAUAUUGGGGAAUGGAAAUACCUUGUGCAAGUUAGAACCUUAGAUUUUUUCUAUCUUUAUUAAAAUUAUUUGUUAUGAAAAAACGACAAGCUUCUUGCUCAAAAGGCUUGUUUGAUCAAAGGACAUCCGAGCUAACUCGCCUAUUUAUUAUUUGGCCCGCCUCAAUCAUUGAAUAUUCCAGGAUCCACUUCAUAGCUCCUUCCAAAUGAUGCGAUGGAGUAUUUUAGCCCCUGUUCAUUAUAAACUCAUAUUAGGCUUGUAAUUCUGUGCAUCGUUAAGUUUUGCUCAUUUACAGUCCUAAAUUUAGUUCAUGAACUUUUUUCUAAAUAACGUUCAUGUGAUCGAUUUUUUCAUUUUUUACCAAUUUUUUUUAUUAUACGGUACGUACGCAUCAGUUUCUUUUUGUGUAUCGGAUUUUUUGGUGCAAGUUGAUCAAUUUUGCAUGAACAAAAUAAGCAGCGGGUAUGGUAGCUGGUCUCUGUGAUUCUUCCACUCAAAUGAUUGUAACAACAUCCCUGUACUUCUGGUAUAAGAUCUUUGUGAACUGAGAUGAGAUUUUAGGUAA